AGUGAAACACUAAAAAAAAGGCAAAUAGAAAGAGACACUGAGGUCGGCAUGGACAACAAACAACAACAACAACAACAUUCAAUUCCUUGAUCCACCACAUCUUCUUCUUCUUCUUCUAGUCCCUUUCUACUGCCCUCUUCUUCUUCUUCUUCAAUCCAUCCAUCGAUUCAUAGAAGUAGUUGUAGAAUGGGUAUUCUGUACGCGCUGGUAGCACGUGGAUCGGUGGCACUAGCUGAAUUCAGCGGAACCGCCACAAACGCCAGCACAAUCGCCAAGCAAAUCCUCGACAAAAUUCCCGGAAACAACGAUACCCACGUCUCUUACUCUCAAGAUCGCUUCAUCUUCCACCUCAAACGCACCGAUGGCCUCACCGUUCUCUGCAUGGCCGACGAUAACGCCGGCAGGAGAAUCCCGUUUGCGUUUCUCGAGGAAAUUCACCAGAGAUUCGUCAGGACUUACGGUCGCGCGGUUUUCUCUGCUCAGCCUUAUGGGAUGAACGAUGAAUUUUCUAGGGUUUUGAGUCAGCAGAUGGAGUAUUUCUCUAGUGAUCCUAAUGCUGAUAGGAUCAAUCGUCUCAAAGGUGAAAUGUCUCAGGUGAAGAAUGUGAUGAUAGAGAACAUUGACAAGGUUUUGGAGAGAGGGGAUAGGUUGGAAUUGCUGGUGGAUAAAACUGCUAAUAUGCAGGGAAAUACUUUUCGAUUCAGGAAGCAAGCUCGUCGGUUCAGAAGCACUGUUUGGUGGAGAAAUGUCAAGCUCACGAUUGCUCUUAUACUCAUCAUACUUGUUAUAAUUUAUGUUGUGCUGGCUUUUGUUUGCCAUGGACCUGCACUACCAUCAUGCUUUUAGUGAAGGGUUGGCAAGUUAAUUUUAUAUAUUCUUCCUUGUCAUCACCGGCUUGCAGAGAUCGCUCCUUUUUUUUGUCUUCAAAUGUUAUGCAGACUCCCAUUUGUUCGGGUUCAAUUGCUGGGCUGUCUACAUGUGUGAUGGUGAAUUCCUUGCAACAGAUUCGUAGUGUUUUUGGUUUAAUUGUUCAUUAUGAUGCUUGAGGGAAAAUUUGUGUAUCAUGUCUUUCAUUGUAUUCUCUCAUCAACCCCAGAAAAGUUGGAUUGAAAAGAAAAAUGACUGAGUUUUUAAUUUAUGUAAAUUAAUGGAGUUAUGGAUGAUUUUCUUCUCUCCAUCAAGAGAACGAAGGGCAAACUUUUGAUGGAUGUGAACCUCAUAAACUUUAAUAUAUAUUAUUAUAUUUGUUUA